AAGAGGGAAGAGGCCAUCGAUCCGAGAGGCCAGAGGGCGGAGGGGGCGGGGCGGGGCCGGGCUGCGGUGGAAGCGAUGCGGUACAACGAACGGGAGCUCUUGUCGCUCUCCCGGCAACCAGCCGAAAAGGCGGCGGAGGUUCUCAUGCGCGCCCCCAAGAAAGGAAGCGCCUUGAAGAAACGCCUGGUGAAAUUAGUGGUCAAUUUUCUCUUUUACUUCCGAACAGAUGAGGCUGAGCCCAUUGGUGCUUUAUUGUUGGAGCGCUGCAAGAUUAGCAAAGAAGAAGAAAAUGUCUUUUCCAUCAGCUUUCUUGAAGAGCCAGAGAGAAAAUACUACUUCGAGUGUGAUACAGAAGAGCAGUGCCAGGAAUGGAUUGAGGUCCUUCGCAAGGCCAGUUAUGAAUUCAUGAGAAGCAGCUUGAUCUUUUAUCGGAAUGAGAUCCAGAAGAUGACCGGGAAGGACCCCUUGGAGCAAUAUGGCAUCUCAGAGGAAGCCCGUUUCCAGCUGGGGGCACGGAAACUUUAAUCCACAUAAGGCGAACACAGGAACUCCACUGCUGAUAUGUCAACAGAGUCAAUUCUCUAUUUUUUUUUUACGAACUUAAGGGAGGGGAAAGGGAAUGUUUCUUUAAAAAAAAAAAAACCCACCCACACUGUCCACACAUACUGUUAUGUCUUCUGCUGCUUUGUGAACUCAAGUUUUGCUACUACUGAUAGCCACAGCUACAAUGAAGAUGAUUGAUAAGGAGGAUCAGUUUUGCGGUUGGGUUAAUUGAAUCAGCUCUGCCUCUAUUGUAUACAGGUGCUCAGAGCAAGUACGCUUGUAAAAAAUGAAAGAAAUGGGGAAAGGGAGAAUCCAUUUGGAAGAAGGCCUCGAUUUUAAUUCUCUUUUCAAUCCCCUUUGGUAAGGCAGUGAGGUUGAAGUGACAGAUGGCAGAAUGUGUUGUCCAUCGGCAGAGAUGAAUUUAAUAGGUACCCCAGCUCUGCAGUGUUCACUCCCCCAAACUUACAGUAGUGGCCAAAAUUGUGGAAACCUUUUGGGAAAAGUGUAUUUUUGAGGUUUGAUGGCUAAUAACACCACUUUUUGUUUUUGGAGUUUCAAGAUAAUUAUAUUCCACUGCUGGAAUGGCCUAGGAAUAGCCCAGACCUUAACCCAAUUGAAAAUCUAUGGAGCCGACUAAAGAAACUUUUUAGUCAGAAGCGACCUAGCAAUAAAACCCAGUUAAUAGAAGCAAUCACUCAAUCUUGGUUUCACAUUAUAACAGCUGCAGAACUAAAAGACUUGGUUCACUCCAUGGGAAGACCUCAUAAGGCCGUAAUUCACGCUAAAGGUUACCCAACUAAGUAUUAACUGACGUGAUAAUUUUUGUUCAUCUCGUUUUUUCUGUUUCCCUUUUCUUUAUACUGUAACUGCUAUUCUAAUAGCAAAUCCUUCAUAAAAGUUAUUGCAUUACAUUCUUGAUUAAAAUUAUCUUUCCAUGGAUAUAUAAUUUUAUGGUACUACUCGAAAAAAAAGUGGUGGUAAGAAAAUACACUUUUCCCAAAAGGUUUCCACAAUUUUGGCCACUACUGUAUGUCAGACUAGUCUUCCUACCAUCUCCCUGCAUUGGGUCUAAUGAAGCAUUUGAGUCAGAUCAGAAGAACAGAGCAGAUACGGUAUCUGUCUCUUCAGGAGUUAUUGCAAUCAAUCAUGAAGCUUACCAAGGCCAACGAUUUCUCCCAGACACAAAAUGGAUAGGCUGGCAGUCCUUAACUUCUUCUAGAUGUGAAGUGUUUUAAGUGGAAGGGCUGGCUGACAAAUGAACACAGCAAGAUCUCUGCCUCUUUGAACACGGGUGUCGAUGUUAAAUCAGUGCUCAAAACAGAUAGGAGCCCGGCUUGCUGAUCUGGAACAAUAGAUUCAACUGAUUUUCAGCCUUAUGAUAUGGCAAAUGGAUCAUUUGGCAUAAUUGGCAGCCCUUACAGUCAAUAGUAAUGAUUUCCCGCACGAAUAAAAAAGGAACUUAGAGACUCUUUUCAAUCUUACAUGCUUAGUGUUUACGUUAUGGGUGAGAAGUGUAGUAGUUCAUAGCAGCCGUGAAGAUGCACUCCUGAACUGUCUGGUGUUUGUAAACGUUCUGCUUUUAUCCACCUCGUUCUUGGUGUUACUCAGUCUUUCUGUUGCUUCUUCCAGUAUCUUUCCUGUCCAACUUUGGGAACUGGCAGCUGAAUGUAUUUUAAAACCUGCUGUGAAAUUUCUUCAGGCAUUUUGAAAAGUUUUCUUAAUUUUUAUCAAGAAAAUGGGGAAACUGCUUCUCAGAUAGAAUGCCUGUGGUUAUUGAGAAAAGCGUUGAGAGCCUUUAGAAAUUCAAGAUGUACUGUACCCUCAAAUCCCCCUCCUCUUCCCCUACCAUUCCAUCUCUGUAUAAUAAAAAAAGCAAUUACUUUUCCAUUGA